GGCUUUUCCAACAGUCACCAUCAGCGUAGGGAACUGACCAUAGACAGACUUAACUCCUGUCUCCAAGCCCCAGGCUCCCAACUCUUAGCUCUUUUAAGCGCCUGGCCUCAGGCAAUGCGCAUGGGUUACCAGACCAUGGAUUACCAGGGUCCCUACAGAGAGGACGUCAGUACCCUGACCCGCUUUGCCUUGGAGAGAAGCAAGCAAGCCAAAGGCACGGACCAGAUGACUCAAUUGCUCAUUAGCCUCUGCGCUGCGGUCAAAGUCAUUUCCUGCGCUGUGCGUAAAGCGGGAAUCGUCCAACUCUAUGGAAUAACCGACCCUGCAAAUGUGACGGACGAAGAAGUUAAGAAACUGGAUGUCUUCUCCAACGAGCUGAUUAUUAACAUGCUGAGGUCAUCUUCUGCCACAUGUGUCCUUGUUUCAGAAGAAAAUACGCACGCCAUAAUAAUAGAACCGGAAAAAAGAGGGAAAUAUGUGGUCUGUUUUGAUCCUUUGGAUGGUGCGUCUAACGUUGACUGCCUUGGGUCCAUUGGCAGUAUUUUUGGCAUCUAUAGAAGGACAUCAACUGGUGAGCCUUCUCAGGAUGAUGCUCUGCAGCCUGGUCGGAAUACAGUGGCCUCUGGGUAUGCUCUAUAUGGCAGUGCCACAGUAAUGGUGAUCGCUAUGGACUGUGGGGUCAAUUGCUUUAUGCUGGAUCCAGAUAUUGGGGAAUUCAUUUUAGUCAAUAAAGAUAUCCAGAUCAGGAACAGAGGCAACAUCUAUAGUAUCAAUGAAGGCUAUACCAGGGACUUUGAGCCUGCCAUCUUAGAGUACCUCGAGGAGAAGAAAUACCCUCAGGACAAUACAGCUCCCUAUAUUGCAAGGUAUGUGGGCUCCAUGGUUGCAGAUGUGCACAGGACCUUGGUGUAUGGAGGAAUCUUUCUAUAUCCAGCCAACGAAAUGUCCCCUCAAGGAAAGCUGAGGCUCCUCUAUGAAUGCAACCCAUUAGCCUUCAUCAUAGAAAGAGCAGGGGGAAUGGCUACCACAGGAAAGGAGCCAGUACUGGACAUUGUUCCUACUGAAAUCCAUCAGAAAGUACCCCUGAUUUUGGGGUCUCCUGAGGAUGUGAAGGAGUUCUUGAAGAUUUAUAAGAAGCAUGCUAAGAAAUGAAAAGCUUAUUUUGCCAGAAGGGUAUCACCACUAAAAACAAUUGCCAGAGGACCAAAGAUCAUACCACAUCCUGUGACUUUGACCAUGAAUGGUUAAGCUUUCAGGGCUAAGCAAUAUCCAAAUACCAGGUAUUUGCUGCUACCCUUCCAAACACUGCAUGAAGUCUGUAGCAAACUAACCAAAAUGCCAUUUCUACAGUAAGACAAAUAUCUAAGAUAUUUCUGGGAGGCGGAAGGAACAGUGGAAAUAAAUAUGUUAUU